AUGGGGAAUUCAGGUAAGAAACAAAAAGCUCAUCUUUCAACCUCAUCUGUAGCCCAGGCUGUGGCCCAGACCAACGCCUAUUAUGGUGGCCAGGCCCCAGGGGCCACCCAAGUGCUGUUUGUUAAUGGGGAUGCAGACCCCUGGCAUGUGCUAAGUGUAACACAGCCUUCGGGACCCUCUGAGCCAGCCCUCCUCAUCCCUAGUGCCUCACAUUGUUUGGACAUGGCACCUGAGAGACCAUCAGACUCCCCUAGCCUCCGCCUUGCGCGACAGAAAAUCUCCCAGCAGCUGCAGACCUGGCUUGGGCUGGCAAAGGAGAGCCAGGGUAGGGGUGCUGUCUGAACCCUACACCCUCACCGACUCCAGGAGGGCCACUUCAGUCCUGGAUGAGAGGGCAGCUUGUUCUGAAAGAAGAAAUUCCCAGGAAUUCACACUCAGCACCUGUCCUGCAAAAAACCAUCCCGUGUCUGCAAACAUCCUACUCCUGAUUCAAAGUGCUUUGUUACAAAGAGUUAUAUAAAUUCAGUGAUU